UUGGCUUCACAGAGCCUCGACUUGGCUCAAAGCUGCACAGUUCGUGCCCAACUGGGAGCCCUGUGCGCUUGGAUGAGUGCCUGGCCAAAACCGAACGGAGGAAGCCGCUUGCGAGAGCUUUGGCGAAGCGCUUCCGCGGGUUCGCCGAACUCGGCGGUGGCAUGUUGGCUCCAUUGCGCUGAUGAGCUGACGAUCGAAGUCUUGGCGCAGUUGGACUAUGACGCCUACGUGAUGGACCUGCAGCAUGGCACCGCCGACGGACUUCAGGCCAUCCGUCAGCUCCGGGCGCUGCAGGCCAUGUCGUCGUCGGCGGCGUUGGUGCGACUGGCGGAGCUGUCCGCCUCGGAGGUCGGGCGAUAUUUGGAUGCAGGCUUCAGCGGAGUGAUCUGCCCCAUGGUGAACACCAAGGCGCAGGCCGAUGCCUUGGUGGCCGCCUGCCGCUAUGCUCCCCAGGGCGAGCGUUCCUGGGGGCCGACCCGGGCCAUGUUGAAGGAACGAGUCUCCUUGAAAGGCUAUGCGCAGCAGAUGCGGGACCCGCGGACGCGGCCGGUGACGCUGGCGAUGAUCGAGACUCGGCAGGGCUUGGGGAACUUGCCCGACAUCCUCACCUCGGAGGUGGAUGGUGUCUUCAUCGGCCCGAUGGAUCUCAGCUGCUCCUUGGAUGAGGAAGGCCUGGGCACUGCUGGUCCCAAGACCUCCAAAGCCAUCGCGCGCAUCAAGGCUUUGGCCCAUCGACAGGGCAAGGUGGUGGGUAUUUAUGUCAGUGAUCGCAGCAGCACGGAACACUACAUCUCCAAGGGCUUCCAAUUCGUGGUGAGUGCUCAUGAUAAGGUGGCAUUGAUGGCUGGAGCUAUGUCUUCACUCCCCCGCACCUGCCUGCGACGCGACCCGCCAGCGUUCUGGCGGGUACGCACCACACAUGCUGGGCUUCUGCCAGUGCCGCAGUGGCUGCAGGUCAUCUGGGAGGGGCAGCAAGAACCAGUCGACCAUGAGGACUACCAGGAGAGAUUGUAUGAGGUCACGGUGGAGUUCCUACGGAAGCAACUCGCUCUGGGCCUUGAUGAGAUCAACGAUGGAGGGCUCAGUGGUGGCGAUCUGACUCGCUGGGUCAAGAGGCUGAGUGGCUUUGAGGACGGACCGGACGGGCCUCGCUGCUGUGGAGCGAUCUGCUACCAGGGCGAGGCUCUGAAGAUCGAGUUGAAGCGCCUGCAGCGUGCGGCACAAGAGGUGGGCGUUCCACCAGGCCGAGUCUUCUUCACGUCGCCUGCCCCUGGAACCUUGGCGGAUGCCUUCGGCAACGACUUCUACCAGAGUGAUGAGGUCUUUGUGAACGCGAUCGGUGCUGCCAUGGCCAAGGAGUACCAGGCGAUUCAUGAGCUGGGCUUCAAGGUGCAGAUCGACUGGCUCGCUUCAACCUUGACGGAGGGUGCAGAUCGAUUGGCUGCCCAACAUCAGGUCCAGGUGCUCAACGGUGCUCUGCAGGGUCUCGAGGCCGAGCAGCUCCGCCUGCAGCUUCGUUGGGAGGCACCUCCAUCGCCCGCGCUGCUGCAGGUGUUACUGGAGGCAGAGGUGAAGUAUGUGGCGCUGGAGACGUGUCAGGUGGAGCGUGCGCCAGAGGAGGAGCUUUGGAAGAAGGUGAAGAUUCCAAAAGAUAAGGUCCUCCUGGUGGGAACCAUCAAUCCCUGCGAUCGUCACGUGGAGCACCCGCGACGCAUUGCACAACGCCUGGAGACCUUUGCGGAGAUCGUCGGAUGGGACCGCCUCAUGGCCAGCACCGAUGCCGUUCGCUCCGCUGAUCCGGCGCGCGAACUCGCGGGGCUGUUCGAGCGCCUGCAGCCGGUGGUGGCGGGGGCCGCCAGCGUCAGCAACCGUGCCGCACGGGUGGUGACCCAAGAGGAGAUGCCUCAGAGACCUGACUGCGAGUGGGCUGGAUGCCCCACCUACAUGGCGAUGGGCAUCAUCUGCCAGGGAGUUGAACCGGUGUUGUCAGAGUGCUAUGGCUACAGUUUGUCAUACAUUGAGAUGUGCUGUGGAUUCACGGUGGCUGUAGAGGAUGGCCUCGGCGAGAUUCUGAUGCCUUUGGAUGUGCCGUGCCGAGUGGUCUAUGGAGAGCUUGAGACAUCGCUGGAGGUGGGAGAGGCCAUGGCCCUGCCGCGAGGUGGGUCACGACCUUCGGGCUCCAGGUGGGUCAACCUCCCCAUCCUGGGAUCCCAGGAGCUCAUCGGAGCUCAUCGGAGCUCAUACUCCCCAUGCAGGCGUCGUGACCCACUCGGUGGCCGUGGACCAACCCAGCGUGCAGAUCCUACGGAUGAGUGCUGGGCGGUCCAUGACGAAUGGACGAAGCAGCGAUUCCGAAGUCAGAAUGCUGAAAUAUGGCGAUGCUGCACAGCGGCUCCACUUCGACUCGCCCUAUGGCUGGUUGGAACUGGAAAUCAUCCGCUUGCCGAGCGGACAGCAACUGGAGCUGGACCCCAGAGUGGACACGGUGGCGGUGACUUUGCGUGGCAUGGUGUCCUGCGGUCUCGCCUCGCUGUUGCCGUUGCAGCUGGUUCAACAACCCAGCUUCCUCUUGGCGGCGAAGGACAGCCUCGUGCUGGUGAUCAAGUCUUCCUUGCCACAUGACUUGGACUAUGAUUUUUGAGGCACCGGUCGUGGCCGGAAGGGCUCUGCGGAACGGCGAACCUCCGCGUCUUCGUUGCCAGACACCUCAAAGGCCUCCACGAGACCCGGCGGAUGAUUGGAGUAGACCUGGCGGUUGAAACGCUGGACGCUUGGACUCAGACGGGCCAUACCCACCUCCGCAGCAUGGCAACGUGGCAUAAGUUCUGGACAUGCUUAGCAGCUAGCAAGACCGAAGGAUGGAGGUCGACUGGAUGUGGACUGGAGGACAUGGAAGAAAUCUGCACCUCUAUCAGAUCUGAAUUUCUGCGACGACCCAUGUUCUGACCGGAGCAGAUCACAGCGCGUGCGGGGUCACGGGUCAGAUUGGAAAGAGUGCAGGCCAGAUCGGCUUGGUGCAGCUCGGCGUAAUUCCAUACCUAGUGACCUAGCAGUCCAAUUGCCCAAAACCUUCGACGGGUGGCCGCCGCGGGGGUUUACCCCCGAAGGCCGCAGGGCGGGCUGCGGUCUCACCGCAGCUGUUGGGACUGGGAGCUGGUGUAGUGGCCCCGGGCCAUGUCAGAUGGGCUAUGUCCAUCCCUAGAAGCACAAGAAUGGA